GCCCGGACGCUGUCCCCCCCACCGUACGCACGCCCCGGCCGUCUGGGGUGGCGGGGCCGCGCGACGCCGAGGGACAGCCGCCUUCCUCUGCCGCCCGAGGUGAGGCGUCCCCGGCCCGACGGGGCGGGCGGGCAGCGGCCGGGACCGGAGCCGCAGCAGUUACCCCAGAAUUCAUUUCCAGGAAACAACUUCUAUCAAAAUGGUAAAAAGAAUGAAAUGAGGAAUUUGUACAUUUUAUCUCUGACUUGAGAAUCUCUUGAUGCCGAAAGGAGCAUAAGAAUAAUCCAAGCCAUGUGGUAAAAUCGGAGUCUGGAAAGAUGGAAAGGUCCCCGUUUCUGCUGGCGUGCAUACUUCUGCCCCUCGUAAGAGGUCACAGCCUUUUCACCUGUGAGCCAAUCACCGUUCCCAGAUGUAUGAAAAUGGCGUACAACAUGACGUUCUUCCCUAACCUGAUGGGUCAUUAUGACCAGGGGAUCGCUGCUGUGGAAAUGGAGCACUUUCUGCCUCUUGCAAAUCUAGAAUGUUCACCAAACAUUGAAAUGUUCCUUUGCCAAGCUUUCGUACCAACCUGCACAGAGCAAAUUCAUGUAGUUCCACCCUGUCGGAAAUUGUGUGAGAAAAUAGUUUCUGAUUGCAAAAAACUAAUGGACACUUUUGACAUCCGAUGGCCUGAAGAACUUGAAUGUAACAGAUUGCCAUACUGUGAUGACACUGUUCCUGUAACUUCUCAUCCACACACAGAGCUUUUUGGUCCACAGAAGAAAACAGAUCAAGUCCCAAGAGACAUUGGAUUUUGGUGUCCAAAGCACCUUAGGACUCCUGGGGACCAAGGCUACAGGUUUCUGGGAAUUGAACAGUGUGCCCCUCCGUGCCCCAACAUGUAUUUUAAAAGUGAUGAACUAGACUUUGCCAAAAGUUUCAUAGGAAUAGUUUCAAUAUUUUGUCUUUGUGCAACUCUGUUCACCUUCCUUACAUUUUUAAUUGAUGUUAGAAGAUUCAGAUACCCAGAGAGACCGAUUAUCUAUUACUCUGUCUGUUACAGCAUUGUCUCUCUCAUGUACUUCGUGGGGUUUUUGCUGGGCAAUAGCACGGCUUGUAAUAAGGCAGACGAGAAGCUGGAGCUUGGGGACACCGUUGUCCUGGGGUCAAAGAAUAAGGCUUGCAGUGUGGUAUUUAUGUUUCUGUAUUUUUUCACGAUGGCUGGCACCGUGUGGUGGGUGAUUCUCACCAUUACGUGGUUCUUAGCUGCCGGGAGAAAAUGGAGUUGCGAGGCUAUUGAACAAAAGGCAGUGUGGUUCCAUGCUGUUGCCUGGGGGGCACCGGGGUUCCUGACCGUCAUGCUGCUCGCUAUGAACAAGGUUGAAGGAGACAACAUUAGCGGCGUUUGCUUCGUUGGCCUCUAUGACCUGGACGCCUCGCGCUACUUCGUCCUUCUGCCUCUGUGCCUCUGCGUAUUUGUUGGGCUGUCUCUCCUCUUAGCCGGCAUCAUCUCCUUAAAUCAUGUUCGGCAAGUCAUACAGCAUGAUGGCCGGAACCAAGAGAAGCUAAAGAAAUUCAUGAUUCGCAUUGGAGUCUUCAGUGGCCUGUAUCUUGUGCCCUUAGUGACCCUUCUUGGUUGCUAUGUCUAUGAGCUAGUGAACAGAAUCACCUGGGAGAUGACGUGGUUCUCUGAUCAUUGUCACCAGUACCGCAUCCCGUGUCCUUAUCAGGCAAAUCCAAAAGCUCGACCAGAAUUGGCUUUAUUUAUGAUAAAAUAUCUGAUGACAUUAAUUGUUGGUAUCUCUGCGGUCUUCUGGGUUGGAAGCAAAAAGACGUGCACAGAAUGGGCCGGGUUCUUUAAGCGAAACCGCAAGCGAGACCCCAUCAGUGAGAGCCGACGAGUGCUGCAAGAGUCCUGUGAGUUCUUCCUGAAGCACAACUCUAAAGUGAAGCACAAGAAGAAACAUUGCAAACCAGGGGCUCAUAAGCUGAAGGUCAUUUCCAAGUCCAUGGGAACUAGCACCGGAGCGACCACAAAUCAUGGCACCUCUGCCAUAGCAAUCGCUGACCAUGAUUACUUAGGGCAAGGAACGUCAACAGAAGUCCAGACCUCCCCAGAGGCAUCCGUGAAAGAGGGACGGGCAGACCGAGCGAACACUCCCAGUGCCAAAGAUCGGGACUGUGGGGAUCCUGCAGGGCCCAGCUCCAGACUCUCUGGGGACAGGAACGACAGGGAAAGCCGAGCAGGUGGUGUGAAGGAGAGAAGCAAUGGAUCAGAAGGGGCUCCAAGUGAGGGAAGGGUAAGUCCAAAGAGCAGCGUUCCGGAGACUGGCCUGACAGACUGCAGCACUUCACAGGCCGCCAGUUCUCCAGAACCAACCAGCCUCAAAGGUUCCACAUCUCUGCCUGUUCACUCAGCUUCCAGAGCCAGGAAAGAGCAGGGUACUGGCAGCCAUUCCGACGCUUGAAGAAAACGGUCUUGUUCCCCCAGAAGCACAUGUAUGUUACACUGGAAAUAACCAACGGAUUUGUCUUAUAAAGGCCACUGUUGAGCUAGGAGAGUAGCCCAGUGGUACAGCGCCCACCUGGAAUACUUGAGGACCUGGGGUCGUCUCCCAGCACUGCAAAAAGAAAAUUCACUGUUACAGUCUUCCUUGCACUUAAACUAGCUUUGUCUACUGUUUUGUUUUUUUGUUUUGGUUUCGGUUUUGGUUUUGGUUUGGCUUUUAUUUUUGUUUGUU